GAACAAGAAACACAAAACUGGGCCUGUAUAGUUUUUUCCCUCUGUAGGUGGUCGUGGUGUAUUGUUGUGGCUACGGGGGCGGCAAACUUGCGUGAUAAGGACUGUGGGUCGCCGAGAGCAAGCCCGAGAUGGGACAAGCCAGGUUUAGUCCGUUCACUGAUCAAGUCUGUGAUGAUGCUAUAUAAGUUGAUGGAUAUGAUGAUGAUGGUGUGCUUGAUUCCUUGGUUUCUCGGCCUAUAAAGGGCUCGUCAUAGCAUUCGUGGUAUGUUGUUAGCUGGUAUUGGUACUGGCGAUAUCAUUUUUGGUGUUUUUGCGUCGAGUCAUGAAAAUUGUUUCUUAUCUGACACCCAUUGAAUGCCAAAACACUCGUCAUACAUGAUGAUAAUCACUUAACACUGUACACUGGAAUUCUCUUCAAACCAAGCAAACUCUUCUCUCCUCUCUUCUUCCCUUGCUCAACCCACGCAGGCCAAUCCUCGCUUUCAGACCUGUCGUCUUGGACCUGUCUCAUCAUGUCUGCUCCUCGCCCUUCAAUUGGUCCGGUUAAAGUGUGUCUUGGUUAUCAUGAAAAAAAGAAGCAGACGCUCGGGUUACUCGUUCGGGGAGGGCGUGAGAUAAAAAGCAAGGACCUUACUGACUGCACCCGGGCUGCCGGUACAAUAUUAGAAGCCAGACCAGGGCAGACCAGAGCUAGACGGGGAGAGCUUCCAGCGGGCUUCUUCCACCGCCACGUGCGGGCCGCUGAGACCUUGACGUGCCCUGUGCUUCAGGGGACGAUGAGCCCUGCAGCGAUCGGUUAGGGGGGCCGGUCGGUUGGGCGCUACUGGCUCUGAAUUGGAUUGAGGCUCUUUGCUCUCUGAGGUGACUAUUGUCAGUAUUCCCGAGAUGGUUUCAUUUUUAGUUCACACCAUCUUUUGGCUGUUGAAGAAGGCCAGAGAAUCACUGAUGAUCACCUUCCACGUUGACCAUGCAGGGCUGGCAGUUGAUCGACACUCUUGGUUACCUUGAUUGGUGUGAUAGACAUGCGAACUGACGUGCAGAUGCAGAUACAUAUUGACAGAGGCGGUCUCUACCCUCUCUCACAAUCAUAGUCGACUGAGGGUUCGUAUUCUGACGCGUAAUGAUAAAUGGUUGAAUAGUGAGUCAGUGUUGGAGUCACUGAUCCAUAACUUGACAUUCCUUGUACCCUUGUGAUCACAUGUUAGAGUUUAGAGGCUCUUUGGGCUCCAAGUUCGACCUUGAUGUUGCUCCAUUAAUGGAGCAUAUCUUGAGAUCCACCCGAUACCGGCUUGUCCGGAGCAUCCACCAUCAGCGGAUCAUAGCGCCGAUAGAGAACAAAGCCAGCAGAGCCAAGCUCAGACUAGACUAGAAACCUCUAGACUAGACACGAACGAUAUCAAAUCCGAUUGAUUAUCUGCCUGUUUCUAAUAAUUUCACCACCAUCAAUAAUCUUGUUUCUAUUCUUGUAGAGUUCUCAAUCGCUUCACUAGUACAUACCCUAGACAUCACAUCUGGUUAGUGCAUGAUAAGCAUCCCCAAUAAACAAGCUUCAGUCCCAUUGGGUCUACACCUCGCUCGGUCAGGGCCAGGUCAAACUCACCGAGACAGACGCCCAAGCGCGUUCACUUGACGCGAAGCGAAAUAGGUUAGGCCAUCACUUACGGAUACUCUCGUUACCCUUGAAGAUCUGGGCAUCAAUAAUCUCCCUGCAUCACCAUUGAAACAUCGUCAUCUCGCGAAGACAACUUUCACAAUGUCAACGUCCACGUACACCAUCCCUGAUCGCAUCGUGCCCAUGCGCGUCAUCGUCUGUGGCGUCCAUCGCACAGGAACGUUGAGUAUUCGUAACGCUCUGUGGCAGCUUGGUUUCCACGAUUGCUACCACAUGCAAACUCUCUUCAACAAUCCCACCCGCGCCCCUGAAUGGGUACGUGCCAUGGAAGCAAAGUACGCCGAUAAGGGGACAUUCACACGCGCGGACUGGGAUCACCUGCUCGGCGAUUGUCAGGCUGUGUGUGAUGUUCCCGCUGCGUUCUUUGGUCCUGAGUUAGCGGAGCUGUACCCUGAAGCUAAAGUCAUUAUCAUGAAUCGAGACCCUGAGAAGUGGUAUGAGAGUGUGCUCAAUAGCAUCUACUUGAUAACCACUCCAAAGGGGUUCUUGGCUAAACUCACUAUGAUUUAUUGUUUUUUGCUUGAUACGAAUCUGCAGUAUAUGGCAAAGUAUAGCAAAUCGAUGAGAUCUCUGGUUCAGAAAUACGAUCAUGGUAAUGAUAAGGAAAAGGCAAUUGCAUGGUAUAAAGCGCAAUAUCAAGAAUUUCAUGACAGGAUUCCAGCGGAUCGGUAUAUCGAGUAUACCAUCACAGAGGGCUGGGGGCCACUGUGCGAGUAUCUUGGUGUUCCGGUACCAGAAGUUCAGGACCCUGAGACAGGAAAGAUGGUAGAGGCACCGUUUCCACAUCUCAAUGAUGGUGAGACGUUUAGAAGGAACAGCAAGGUUAUGAAGAAGAAGACUUUGCAGAGGGCGAAUCAGAACUUAUUGGCGGGAGUGGGGAGGUUGGCGUUGACGGGUGUGUUGGGAUAUGCUGGUUAUCUGGUAUGGAAGACUCGACUUGGGGGGCGUGUUUAAUCGAGUUUGACAUAGUUUGAUUGCUUGAUGUUGAUCAAUGAGGGCAGUGUAUUUGUAUUGUAACGUAAGAACUUUCUUAUCUUUCUGUCAGAGACACAUCGGAAUUCAGGCACCAGGUCACUCACAUGCAAGUUAUGCUAGGGUAGUAUGUUCAAUAUCAACUUUCGUACAUCGCUUUUGUUCAUAUCGUACUUGUACUAUACCUAUCAACACAUUCUUUCUUACUCAAGCUCAUGUCUUUCCAACCAUCGUUCAAUCCACCAUCUGCAAAAGCUUCAUGAGCUCCGCAACAUCAGCAUUGCUCGCCAUCGCCCCCAAGUGUCCGUCCCGAUCCCUCUGCUUCUUUGAACUUCCUCGGCCCCCAUAACUCGGACCCAUCAACAUCUACAUCCUCGACUUCCUCCGGCUCAACCUUUGUCUCCCUCGCCUCCUUGAUGAUCUUCCCUUUACCCUCGUGUAAGAACUCGCCCAUGACUUAUGGCCACGUUGAGGAACCUGUCAUUCCCACGCCGGGCUUUCGAACAUCGGAGCCGUGCCCCGAGGUCGUCGAGAAAACGUAACCUACUACAAAGGGGAGCUGGUCCUCGGAGGGUAUGUAGUUGAGGAACUCGGGGCCGACUUCGGCGGUGGAGGCGCGCUUGAGAUCGGUGAGGAGGAACCAGGCGAUGUUGUGCAUGGUGAAGUAGUUGAAGGUGAUACGAGGGACUUCGCUGUUGAUGACUUGGGCGAGCUAGGAUCUGUUAGUAAAAGCUUGCUGUCAGGGCUUUUCAGGACUUACAUUGGCCUCCUUAGCCUCUUGCUUCAGGUCCCCUUGUAUAUGACCCUUGCCAUCCAUCAUCGCCUUUUUGCGACCCUCCGUCAAGAGUUCUCCAACACUAGCAAUUGUCCAAGGCUCACGGGUAUUAUCCACACGAACACGGUUGUCCAAUUGCAUGGACACCCAGCCAUCGAACUUCAUGUUUGAUGCAUUGCCUUUAUGCUCAGUAGGCUUGGAGCUCCGUCUGUUCGGUGCUCAGUUUGUGAGUGAAGUGCCCAGGCAGAGACAGUAGUUCUUGUAGUAGCCCUCGAGAUCCAUGGGCGGCUUUCCAAUAAAGAAGCACGCGUUGCCUUGGUAUCCUCAAAAUUCCUCAAGAUCCUCCCACGCUUGUCCUUGGGGAAUGCGGCCCUCUUGUCGGAGGGCUUGGUAGAGCUGUGCAGUAGCCAUCAGACCACCGCUGGGUGCAGCAGUAUGGACGCCAUGGUAAUGCAGCGCAGAUCGCAUGUGAUGGAUCAAAAGACCGCAGUGUAUGGGGUUCCGACGAAGGAAGUGGAACUCAGGAGACUCUUCACUAUCGUGAGGCGCCAGGCCCAUCUCCACGUUUGCCUUGCUCGUCUCGAAGAUAGAAUCGUGAUUCCAUCGCGUCGCGGCCUGAAGGACUUGUCUGCGCUCAGCCGUCUUGGGAAGACCAACAAGAGCCUUUUGGAUCUCCAGACUCUCCUGCUUGAACUGCUCAUACCUGCGCCCGGCGGACUCUCCAAGACCCUGGACGAUGUCGAGAUACAUCUGAAGAGCUCAAGAUAUCCAGAGACGAGGAGGGUUCUAGAUGCCCAUCGCCUCACAAGCUACGUCGAAGCACUGCUGUACGAAGAUAGCUGUUCCUCCAAACUUGUCCAUCAGCUUCUUGAUGUCCGCUUCCAUACUGUGAGCAAGCUCAAAUGCUGUGUUGGGAGCUAGCGCCGCAGGCGUACUUCUCCCAGAGCGAAUGAAUCUCCUGGCUGAGAUAGUCAUAGUCGCGGAGAAGAGCGGCGAAGGCGAAGAAGGCGUCUUCCCAGGUGACCUCUUCCUCAACGGUGUAUUGAGUCUCAGGCUCAGCAGUAGGAGUAGGCGUGAUGUCAGGAGCAUUGAGGAAUUCCUCAGAAGGAGUGUAGACGUUGAGGACGUCAAACAUGCCCUUGACGGGGUGGUUUGCCUUAACAUCCGGCUUCUUGUCGAGAUCAUCUGGUUUGAAAAGACCAGCUUCCACGAUUGGUUUGAGAUAGCCGCGGACCUUCUCCAGGACUUCUACGAAGUGAGAAUGAGAAGCAUCAGGGCGACGAUCCCUUCUUGCACCACUCUCUGUAAGUUUUUGAGAGAAGGAUCUGCGAACUGCGAAAUGUAUCAGUAUCACUAGCAUCAACAUAAUCAGAUGUGUUCAGCAUACCCCAGAUACCUCUCUCCAGAGCAAUGGUAGUCUUGAAAGGAACCUCGACAGCAUUGAACAUGUUUAGCCAUAGCCUCAAAGUCCCUGACUCUGAUGACAUAUUUCUUGGUGCUAGGGUCCUGCUUCUCUUGCUUCUUCUUGUUCUUAGCUCUACUAGGACCUUUGCCGUUUCAGUUUCGCUUUCUCUUCUUCCUCUCCUUGAGAGUGUCGAGAGCGGCGGCGCCAACUGCACCAUCAGCGUCGUAGCCGUGGGCUUUGGCAGUAUUGGCCAGCCAUGUUGCUACAGAGUCUGUGUCGGCUUUGUAUUGUUGGCAAAUGCUCAUAUAAGCCGGAGAGAGAAUUUUGAGCUGCUUUGGCUUUAUUUGUUGAAUCUGUUGAUAUUUGAUGUUGAUGUUGAUGGCCGUUUGUUGAGACGU